GCGGAAGAGAGAGGUCACGCCGCUCUCGCUCCUGUGACCUUCCUAAGAGUGAGGGAACUUUUAUAUUAAUAUAUUUUUUUUCCUCCUCCGCCUUCUUUGGAAAAUACGGAAAUCCUAUGGUGCGAGACAAGAUUCCACGUUAAUCCAAGUGUUGUGUUUUGAGUGUUUGUGAAAAGAAAAAAAAAAAAUAUUUUGGAAUUUAUUAAGAGGUCGAAUCGAACGGGAUUUUGUGAUGCGGUUUUGAAUAUUUAUUUAUUUUUUUUCUCUCUCUUGGAGGAUUCGUCGUCGACAGGUCCUUGAGUGCUCUGAGAGAUUUUCACCGAAGGAAAAGAAAACGCAAAGGAACGAAACCGACGCCUCCAAGAAGUGAUUUUUCUUCCACUCGUUAAGAAAAAAGAAAAAAAAGAAAAGAAAAGAAAGAAAGAAAAGAAAAAGAAAAAAAAAGUCAUAAGUGAAAAGUGGACCAAAUAAAAAGAAAUGUGAAAAGAAAGAAGGAAAAUAAACAAGGCAGUUUAUAAAGGGGAAAUAAACGAGGCAGUUACAAAAGGAAAGGAAGAUAAAAAAACAAGGCAGUUACAAAGAAAAAAGAGAAAGAUAAAAACAAGGCAAUUUCUUUUCCAAAUCUUUUCGAAAAUAGAAAGAAAAAAUCCGGGUGAAUUACUGUACAAAAAAAGAACCAAUUAAAGAUCUUUGCAACUAAUGCAGAAAUAACAUUAUUUAUAACAUAAUGAUAAAAUUGACAAAGAGCUAAAGUGGCAUAUAGGCCUACCGUCUGAUAUUGGCCUAUAUAGUUAAAUAGAUUUAUAUAUAAAAAAACAAGAAAUUGAGCAGAGAAUUUUUUUUUUGAAAAGAAAAGAAAAAGUUUGGAAAGAAAAAACGAGAAAAUAAAACUAAAACGUACUCUACACCGAAAGAAGGAAAUACCUUUUACUUUUUUGUCGUAAAAGGAAGAGAAAGAGAGAGAAAGAGAAAGAAAUACAAAGGAAAGGAGAAAGAAAAACAAGAGAGAAAAAUAAAAAUCCAAGCCUUACCACAUGUGAUCACCCCCCUCCCCCCUUAAUCCCAACAACCCCCCCCCACUCAUAACCCCACAUACGCAUACCCCUCCCCCCCACAUAUGUGACCCCCUGCCCACCCCCACCCCCCACAUAGGCAAACCUCAUAACUCAACAUGAGGCCUCAUAUGUUGUUCUACCUAUGGAUGAUGGUGGUAACCGUGCUAACAGCCAGGUCCGCCGUAUCGCUCGAAACAGACCAAUGCGACGCCGCCCUCGGAAUGGAAUCUGGCGCCAUCCCCGACGAACACAUCUCGGCGUCCUCCUACUUCGACGCCGCCGUCAACGCCAUCUAUGGGAGGGCGCGCGUGGAGGCUGGCGGCGGCGCGUGGUGUCCUCGAGACAUGAUUCACAACGAGGGCAAGGAGUUCCUGGAGGUGAACCUGGGCGGCCUGCACGUGGUGGCCAAGGUGGAGGUGCAGGGGCGCUUCGGCAACGGCCAGGGGCGCGAGUUCGCCAGGCAGUACAAGCUGCAGUUCUGGCGGCCCGGACUCGCGCACUGGGUCACCUACGCGGACGGGCGCGGAGAGGAGCUCCUCGAAGGGAAUUCCAACACCUACCUCGCCCAGAGUUCUCAGCUGAGCCCGCCCAUCAUAGCCUCGAGGGUGAGGUUCGUCCCCUUCAGCCACUACUCGCUCACCGUCUGCAUGAGGGUUGAGGUCUACGGAUGCCGGUACACAGACGGCCUGCUGUCGUACUCGAUGCCCGACGGCGACCCGCGCGGCGGCGACGGCGCGCUGCGCGACCUGACCUACGACGGCGCGCGCAAGGACGGCUGGCUCUCGGGCGGCCUCGGCCAGCUCACCGACGGCGAGACCGGGCACACCAACUUCCGCGUCGACGCCCUCGGCAGGGGCAGAGGCUACGAGUGGAUCGGCUGGAAGAACGACACGCGGCAGACGCGGCCCGUCGAGAUCACGUUCGAGUUCGACUCCGUCAGGAACUUCUCGGCCGUCCACAUCUACACCAACAACUUCUUCACGAGAGACACUCAGGUGUUUUCCCACGCCCGCGUCUCCUUCAGCGUGGGCGGUGAGCGGUAUGACACGCAGCCCACCAUCGACUACGAGUACGUGGUGGACCGCAUCUUCGAGAGCGCGCGCAACGUCACCAUCCGCCUCCACAACGCCGCCGCCAAGUUCGUGAAGCUCGAGCUGUACUUCGCGCUGCGCUGGAUCAUGAUCUCCGAGGUCGCCUUCGACUCAGUUCCUUGCGGCUGCAACCUGACGGACGAGGAGUCGCUGGCGCUGCCGACGGAGACGCUGAAGGAGAAGAGCGUGCUGGGCGAGGAGGUGCAGGAGUCGCAGCCCGUCGUGCCCGCCCACUCAUCCUCGUCGGGGCUGUUGGUGGGCGGGCUGGCCACGCUGGGCGUGAUCUUCACCGUGGUGCCCGUGGCGCUGUGCGUCGUGUACUACCGCGUGCGGCUGUCCAAGAAGGCCAAGACGCCGCCGUCGACCAUCAACAGCGUCGACGCCAAGAAGGUGUCCAUGAAGAUGAAGGACCUGCACAUCAACAUGAACCUCUCGCCCAUGGCCAACGGCUACUCGCGCGCCAAGGGCGAGCUGUACGGCCACGUGGCCAUGGACGAGGAGGCGGCGGCCAUGUACCAGGAGCCGUUCAAGGGGCCGCUGCACAACCCCGGCUACUACACGCUGGGCACCGCCGGCGCCGCCUCCGAGACGCCCCUCAAGUGCCCGCUGCCGCUCGACACCGACGACUCCGUGGACUACGCCGUGCCCGAUGUCAACAUGACGCCGCCGCCGCCCUUCUCCGAGGUGUACUCGCCGCCGCCGCCCGUGCCGCUCACGCGCCCGCCCUCCACGCUGCCCACCAUCCGCACGCGCAAGGACUCGCCGCUGCCGCCGCCCGUGCCCGCCAUGCCCCCGCCGCCCGAGCAGGAGUACUACGCCGCGCCGCAGCUGUGCCAUGCGUCCAACAUCCAGGGCGUGACCGGCUCCGUGAUCUACGCCGUGGCCGACGCCGCCUGCGCCGGCGGGAAGGAGCCGCCGGUGCCCGAGGUACCGCAGCACCGCAUCCGCGUGCUGGAGACCCUGGGCGAGGGCGUGUUCGGCCAGGUGCAGCUGUGCGAGAUCGAGGAGUCGGACGGGCCGCGGCUGGUGGCCAUGAAGAGCCUGCGCGCCGGCGCCAAGGACACCACCAAGAAGGACUUCCGGCAGGAGACGCGCGUCCUCAGCCGCCUCGACGACCCCAACAUCGUGAGGCUGGUGGGCGUGGUGACGCGUGCCGACCCGCUGUGCAUGCUGCUGGAGUACAUGCACCACGGCGACCUGUACCAGUUCCUGCGGCGGCACCAGGGCGAGGGCACCGUCACGCCCGUCAGCUUCACCGUGCCCAGCGGCGGCGGCGACGACCAGCCCGUGCUAAGCUACGGCGCGCUCAUCUACAUCUCGUCGCAGAUCGCCUCGGGCAUGAAGUACCUGGAGAGCCUGAACGUGGUGCACCGCGACCUGGCGACGCGCAACUGCCUGGUGGGCGGCGGCCUCUGCGUCAAGAUCUCGGACUUCGGCAUGAGUCGGCCGCUCUACUCCAGCGACUACUACCGCCUGAGCGACUCGCGCGCGCUGCUGCCGAUCCGCUGGAUGGCGUGGGAGGCCAUCCUGCAGGGGCGCUUCUCCACCAAGAGCGACGUGUGGGCCUUCGGCGUGACGCUCUGGGAGAUCCUGACGAUGGCGCGGCAGCAGCCCUUCGACGAGCUCAGCGACGAUGGCGUCCUGGAGAACGUGUCUCACUGUUACCAUGGCGACGGCUCCGGCAUGAUGCUGCUGCCGCAGCCGCCGCUCUGCCCGCGCGAGAUGUACGACAUGAUGGCCGCCUGCUGGAGGCCCAACCCGCGCCAGCGGCCGCCCUUCUGGGAGGUCCUCAUGUUUCUGCAGCGCAAGAACCUCGGAUACACGGUCGAUUACGUCGAGUGAAGAGUGCCCUUCGCGAGUGCCAUUCACACGUACGAUCUCCCCGGAGUGAAAACGGUAGUGGAAAAUGGUGAUUCUAAAAAAAACAACUAUUUGUGGAAAGAAAGAAAAUAGAAAUAUUAUGUAAUUUGGUGUUUCUUUGCUGCAACAUGCAUUUGGAUGGUGACGAUGGCGGAACUUUACCUGCGCGAAGUCACCCUUAGUGUGUUCCUAAUAUGGAGUUCAGUGUGAAAAGAAACAGUUAUUCUCCCGUAGCGCUGUUCCAUCUCCUUUAUCGGUUGUGUCUGACGUUUUAUAGUCGCGAAAAAAGGAAAAGAAGAAUGCGAUAGUGCUUCAAAGGAAACUCGAACAAAUAAAACAUAUCAUUAAAAAAAAAUAAAAAGUUCCAGUGACUCGUGUUCUUCCAACAAACAAACAAAAAUAGAAAUAGACGAAUAAAUAGAAUAAAUAGACAGAUGAAAGGCGUAAAGAAAGGUUGUAUAUCCCUGGCAGUUCCUCGCAAUGGUGCAGGUCAUGUUUUGGCUUCCGGGUCGUGCAGUUGAUCUUGUGGGAAACUCGUGCUGAACUUGGAAGUGAAGAUACGAAAAACAAAGCAAAAAACAAACAAAAAAUAAGAAUAAGAAUCAAUUAAGUCAAGUAGAAUUGAAAAAAAAAGAAAUUUGUGGUUGAAAAAUAUCUGACAUUGAUUUUUGGCGUGCAUGUUGUCGUGCAAUCAGUAGAUAAAUUGUACUUGGAUCAAUUUUGCAAUUUCGACAGAAAAGGCAAAAAAAAAAUUAUUUGGUGUGUAUUCAAAACAAAAGAAUUAAAUGUGCGUGGUUGUUAUUAUUUUUAAACAAGGAUGUGGCUUUUUUCUAAAAAUAAGUACGAGUAAAGAUAUUUAAAAAAUCUUUAAUGUAGCCACUUACAAAAUAAAAAGGCAUAUCGUGCAAAUUAGAUAAUAUUCAAAGUUAUAUAGAAUUUAGAAAUAGAUAUAUCAUAUCAAUGAUGCCUUUCUCUUUUUAUUUCGAUAGAUUUUUUUUUCAAUUUACUUUUACAUAAAUGUGCUUCCACGAUUUCAUUUUCGUUCUUUUUUAUUAUUAUUAUUUAUUUAUGAUUAUUAUUAUUAGCCAUAAAGGGUUUGCUUUAGCCGUUUUUUGGUUGAUUGACCUGUUUUUUUUUAUUAAUUAAGAACAGGUUCCUGUGAUUUAUCUGUGAUAUAAAUUAGUCAGGGAUUGGUCCGUACUUUUUCGUGGCCAAUGAUUGCAUUUUGUCUCGCCUUUCUUUCAAUUGUUUUCGUUUUGAGAACAUGUUUUAUUAUCAUUUUAUUAUUAUUAUUAUUAUUAUUAUUAUUAUUAUUAUUAUUAUUAUUGUAAUUGUCAUUUAUACAUUUGUCAGUCGUUUGUCGAUAUUUUUUUAUAUUUUCAUUAAAUUAACGAACAGUAAUAGAUUUUUUUGUUCAGAAUGAACGAUAUUUUUUGAAUAUGUAAUUCCAAGUUGAUCAUUGUGUGCCAUAACUUGUUACUAUUGGAUAACAAUUAUCAUUAUUAUUAUCAUUACUACUACAAUUACUAUUACAGUUGUUAUUAUGAUUAUCAUUAUGACGUAACCAAGCAGAAUGAUCAAUAAUGCUUUUCUGUUUACUUAAGUCACCCCCGCCCCCCCUAUUCAGCGCCUUGCAAAAUAAUGAACAAUUAUUGUAUCGCUUCUAGUCAUGUUUUCUGCAUUGAUGCUAAUAUAGAAUUUUCAUUUUUGGUUAAGAAAAAAACUAAUCUUCUCUUAAGGACAAAAAUUGUAUUGAAUAAAUAUAUUAUGAUCUCUGAUGCUUCAUGUGUUUUGAAAUUGAACUAAAAAAUGAGAGAAAAAAUGGUAUAUGUAAGUAUUUUUAACCAAAUUUCCUUUUUUUCGGCUGUAAGAACAACAUAUCUCGUCACUCUGAAUAAUACAAUGUACAUAAACAAGUAAAUAAAUGAAUAGAAAACAAAUGAAUAAAAUAACAAAACAAAUGCUAGUGUUGCUAUUAUUAUUAUUAUUAUUCAGUGUGAAAAAAUGUCUAUCAUUUGGAAAACAAUUUUUUUUUCUGUACUGUGGCAUUAUAGGUUUCCGGUGACCUCCCCCCUACCCCCCCUCUCCCCCCUAUCCCCAGCAGUAGUUUACAGAGAGGGAGGUUGUGUGCCCCCUCCCCCCUCCCCCUCCCCUCACCCCAUCUCCCUCUCUUCCUUCUUCCUGUGUCUGGAAAAUGAGCUUUGUAAGUGAUGGUGAUAUUAUUAGUGUGGUUAUUAUUGUUAUAAUUAUUAUUAUCAUCUUUAUCAUUUUCAUUAUUAUUAUUAUUAAUAUUAUUAUUAUUAUUAUUAUUAUUAUUAUUAUCAUCAUCAUCAUCAUUACUACUAUCAUCAUCAUCAAUAUUAUUACUGUUUUAUUAUCUUCAUUUUUAAUGUCAAUGAUAUUGUUAUUAUCAACGCUAUGGAUUAUAAUAAUUAUUUUUUAUAUAUAUUUUGAUGGUUAUUGUCAUGAGCAUUUUUAUUGUGAUUAACGCAUUAUGAUGAUUAUGACCAUCAUUUCCAACCGCACAACAAUCUCGAUACAACGAAAAAUAAAGGAACAAAACAUGUAUGGAACAUGAUUUUGUCACUUUUCUACUCUUCUUCUUUAUUAUUAUUUUAUCAUUAUUAUUUUUUUCUUUUCUGCUUUCUUAGUCUUUUAUUAUUUAUACAUAUUUAUCAGCUUUUGUAACAAGGUUGUCAAGGGCGCCGAUAUUAAUGUAAAAGUCUAUAUAUAUAUAUUUUGUAAUGUGUGUAUGUGUGUAUGUAUACCGAUGUCUUCAUACUUGCUAUGUUGUAUUUUCUACUGAACUGUAUGAAAUAAAGACAUGUAUAUAACAUA